AAUCUCUCUUUGACAGUCAAAAUUGAGCAUUGUUAUUGCCUUUCUAAUGGAAGUUUUUUUUUAAAAUAAUAGUAAUACAGAAAUACAACAAUUAUCAUAAAACAAUUGGAAGAAUGCAAGAAUGAUAUACAAAAGGUAAAUAAACUAUAUACGAAAGUUAUACUAAAUGCCUAUAUACGCUAAAACAACGUGUAGAAAUGAUGGGCGCCAAUUAGGUUAUAAAUGAAGAGCUUGCAACCAAAAGGCGCUAAAUCCAUUUUGACUGAUUUCGAGAAAAUCAAUGAUUUUUAAUUACGCACAUAUCAAUCUAUUUGGUCAUCAAGUCUAUAUUGCAAAUGAAAGAGCUAUCAAUAUAGGUCAUAAAAAUGCAUGCUAUAAAAAUCCUGCACACACCAUGUAUUUUAUAUAUUUUUUUUAAUUCUUUUUUUUUUUUGAUUUAGCGCCUUUUGGCUGAAAUAAAUUUGACAAAAAUCAUCUCAUUACAAACUCUUUACAUUGUAUGUUUUUUUAGUACAAGUAAAAUAAUGUUUCUCAUGAAAGUUGGAGGUGUCAAGGUAGAGACAUGCCUUUUAUGGCGUAAAAAAAACUUCCAUGUUACAGAAUACUGUAAAAACACAAUUUGUGUUCUCCUGAAUUGCAUAACAUACUGUAACUAUCAUAUAUCAUACUAUCACUGAUACUGGCUUUCUGUAUGUGCAGUGCCAAUUGUAUUCUUCUCUCUGAUUGGUCAGAUUAUCAAUAGAUGGGAAACUUGGGCCAAUCAGAAUAAAGAAAGGGAUUUAGCUCCUUUUGGUUGAAAUCUGAAAUGGAAAUAGCGCCUUUUGGUUGAAAGCAUACAUUUCAUAUCACUUUUUUUUCAUAUUUUUUAAAAUGAUUUCAAGACCAAAAUAUGUGAUUUGGAUACACAUGACAGAGGUCUAUUAAACUCAUGAAAAACAUGCAACUUAGUGAAAAUUGGAUUUAGCGCCUUUUGGUUGCAAGCUCUUCAAAUAUACAUAUAGGUAUAUAUUUUUGCAGGCGUUUAUCCGUUUGUUUGUGUUCAAAAUAACUUGAAAGGUUAUGAAUGGAUUUGGAUGAAAUUUUCAGGAACUGGCGGAAACAGAAUAUGGAAGAACUGAUUACGAUAUGUGACCCGGAUCACCGUCUGGAUCCAGGAAUUUUUUUAAUGUAUUCUUUAACAUCGCAAGAUAGUACAGUAAACCUCGGAUAUAUCGGAUUCAAUUGUUCCCACUGGUUUUGUCCGAUUUAAGUGAAAUCCGUUAUAUGCGUAUACCGGAAAAUGUCCGUUUUACGCAUAUAUCGGAUUUAUAUCCGGUAUAUGCGUAAAUCGGAUUUUAUCCGUUAUAAAAAGGCACUUCCUUGACUAUGUUUCCAAUGUACCUGGACUGGGCAAUGAAAAGAGACGUAAGGUAAUGAGAAUUUAACUUUAUUGGACUCUGAGCAUAACAAAUUGUUAAUUAAGCUAGGCCCUGUUACGCCCGUCAGGCCUACGUUAUUUCCAAUAGUGAGGUUAAGAUCUCAUUCACUGCUGUGCUAGUAUUAUUGACGUCACUCACUUUUAUAUUUGUCCUAAAUCUGGAGCCAGGAGAAAGACAAUAGCCAGUGACAUCAACAAGAUUAGCAUAACGAUGCGGCCAUCCGAUAUAUGCGAGGGAAAUUUAAUGGAAAUGCAUUGGAACGGGACUGGAGAUUUUGUCCGAAAUAGGCGAAAUCCGUUAUAAAAAAUCCGAUAUAUCCAAUGAAUUUUUAUUGGAAAUGCAUUACAGAAAAAUCGGUUCUUUUUUAUCUGUCCGUUGUGAGCGAAUUUCCGAUAUAUCCGAGUCCGAUAUAUCCGAGGUUUACUGUAUAUAUUUUUGCAGGCGUUUAUCCGUUUGUUUGUGUUCAAAAUAACUUGAAAGGUUAUGAAUGGAUUUGGAUGAAAUUUUCAGGAACUGGCGGAAACAGAAUAUGGAAGAACUGAUUACAUUUUGGAGGUGACCCGGAUCACCGUCUGGAUCCAGGAAUUUUUUUAAUGUAUUCUUUAACAUCGCAAGAUAGUACCAUUUUUUGGCAUUUGUGCGUAUAAUUCCACAAAAAAAAUGUCAGAACACUUGGGGGAAAAAAUUACAGUUUCCAACAGGUUCUCAAGACUGAUCCAGAUAGUGGAAUAAAUAAAUGUAGGACUAAUAUUUAUGGUGUAAAUCAAAAUAUGGGGAAACUACGGCACUUGGUGGAGAUCUGCACUCUGUGGGCUCUAAUUUCGCAGACCAGGCCAAUAGCCAGUAGACCAAUUUUGUUCGUUUUAUGCCAGCGCACAGUGUUCGUUUUUUGCCUAUAUUUCCAAAUAGGCCAGCUGGCUGAGGUAUUAAUUGAAAAUAGGAAGUGGGGUUAUAUACAUUAUAUUAUAUUAUAUUUGAGUGCAUAGUAAAAUAGCUAUUAAAACCAUUAGUCUUAAUGCUAUGCCGUUUGAAUGGUACAAUUGAAUGCUGUGUUGGACAGUAUAUGAGGUGUGUGACCUAUGGGGGGGUCACAUACCAUGCAUUGGCUAUCCCGACCAUGUAUAGAUGUUUAAAUCAAAACGCUGACAAUCGGAGUAGGAACGGGGGCGAGGCAGGCAUGUUCUUGAGUCGUGGUGGUCAGAUGGCAAAGCGCUUUGCUGUUGAAGGUGUGCAAAGGCUUCAAAUAUGAAUACUUUUCUUUUCACCACUCAUCGUCCAGUACCUCCCCUUGUUGUGUGUCGUCAGCAGGAGCUUCAGAAAAAAAAAAUGGGAGGAACUCUUGACACUUGUGGUGCUACUAUAAAGCUCACCGGUAAUUUGCAGGCUUCAUUGAAAACAACAUCACCGCACAUGACUGGCAUCCUUCUUUGAGAUUUACCUCUCCUCUCAGCGUCUCCUCAAGGCAACCUUUGAGAUAUGAGGUUACUUGGCCACAUCGUUGUUUUGCUUCUUCUGUGCAAAAUCUCCAACGGGGUUACAAAAGUGAAACCCAGCAAGAAAUCUACACAUGCAAGCCAAGCAGGCAAUGCGGUCCAGCCUUCACUCGUGCCUCAGCUCCCUGCUGGAAGUGUUUCAAACAGCAGAACAACCGGAGGUCCAGGUGGAGGCGAACCGACACAGGAUAGCGCUGCUGCAGGAGCCCAAGCAGCCAAAAAACCAUCAGAUGAAAUAAGGCUGAACUUUCUCAAGAACGCGCACGUUACAUGUAAUGAUGGGACGCCGGCUGGGUUUUACCUAAAAGAGAACAGAGGAAGCCGCAGGUGGUUGGUAUUUCUGGAAGGUGGCUGGUUCUGCUACAGCAAAGAGACCUGUGAUUCCAGAUACCAAAAUACCCCUCGACUGAUGAGCUCAUCGGGUUGGCCCUUGACGAAAAGCGGGAGUGGAAUACUGUCAUCCCAAGCAGCAGAGAAUCCCUACUGGCAUAAUGCAAACAUUGUAUUCAUCCCAUAUUGCUCCAGCGAUGUUUGGAGUGGCAAUGGGCCUGUCCCGCCCCCAGCUCCAAAAGCACGACAACUGAGAGAAAAAGAACGCAGUAGAAACGCAACUGAGAAUGUUUUCCUGGGAUCACUCAUCAUCCGAGAGGUCAUCAAAGAUCUCGUCCCAAAAGGAAUCAAACAGGCCAAGGUUGUCAUGCUCUCUGGCGAGAGCGCUGGGGGCACGGGAGUCUUGCUGAACAUCGAGAGAGUGGCCAGUCAGCUGGAGCAGCUCGGUGCAGAGGCACAGGUCCGGGGUCUCGUGGACUCUGGAUGGUUUCUUGAAAGUCAGCACCAGAGGUCACCCAACUGCCCUGAAACUGUUGCCUGUUUGCCUGCUGAUGUCAUCAAGCUCGGCUACAGGCUGUGGAACAGCAUGAUACCUGAAGGCUGUCGACGUCUGCAUAAGAAAGGCGAGGAAUGGCGGUGUUUCUUUGGCCACAAUCUGUAUCCAACAUUAACCUCCCCCCUGUUUGUUGUGCAGUGGCUGUUUGACGAGGAACUUCUGAAGGUGGAAAACAUCUACUUCGGAGGACAGCACAUGAGCGAGGAACAGUGGCAGUACAUACAAAACCUGGGCAGGGAGAUGAAGAACUCCCUGAGAGAUGUCACAGCGGUAUUUGCCCCUUCCUGCCUCUCGCAUACAGCAAUUACCAAAAGAAACUGGAUGACUUUCCAAAUUAAAGGCACUUCUCUUCCACGGGCCCUGCACUGCUGGGAAAGGAGUCUGGAAGCCACUCGCAACAACAGAACUCCAUCCAAAGGUUGUCCGUUCAAUCUGGUGGACAGCUGCCAGGUGCCUCAGUGUAACCCCACCUGCCCCGCCUUGGUGAACGAGGCAACGCAGCAGAAGCUCACCUUACUCCAGAUGCUGGCAGCCAUGGGUCUUGACCUCCGGAAGCUGGGCUUGAAUCCUCAAGAAGAUGUCAAUUUCCUGGCAGGCGUAGUCAGCAAUGGCGGCUAACAUUAUAAGCAGAGAAGAGAUGCAGAAGAUUUGUUGAGGCAUGUGAUUCAUUUUUAUGUGACCGUUGAAAUCGUAAAGAAAGUAUUGGUUGCUCCAUUAUGCUUACCUGACUGUGUCUCCUAGCUUCUGGAUCUGAGUGGUUUUGUUCGCUCUCUACUGGACAGUACAGUAUCUGUAUAGUAUACAGGAUCUUUAGGUCUCAAGUAUUUUAAAGUUGUACAGGGUAAGCGUUUUUGAGGUGUAUAGCAAUGGGUAAAGACAACAACACACUUUAAUAUUAUUUGUAAUUGCAAAUGGAGCGAAGCAUGUUGGUAGUUAGCACUGCUUUUAUAAUUCCUUCCUUGUCAUUUUUUAACUUAGUCAGAGAUCUAUUACGAGUUGACAAAUUUGCAUUCAUAUUCAUUGUUGUAGGGACAUAAUAUUGCUAAAUCUAAAUUUUACACAUGUAGACCAACACACAUUGACUAACUCAUUUUUUCCCCUACUUUCCUGACCUGUUCUUUAGCCUAUUAGACUAUACGUACAUAUUCAUACGCACACUUUACUGCAUGUAAUUUAUAGGUAUGAUGAGUUUCCUAUGGGCAAACAAGAGGAUGUCUCUUUAUAUAUGUUGUCUCUGGUGUACAGUAACUCAUGAGUUAAAUAAUACUGACAGUAAAAAAAAACAUUAAAAAAAUACUGUUUCUUUCUUUAAUCAAAUGUCAG